AUGUUUGAAAUGAAUACGGCGGAGCCUAUGCAAGUGGACGUUCCCCUUGAAGAUAACGAGAACAAUGAAACGGAAUGCUAUGUUGUUGAUAAUCCUACUUUGGACUUAGAGACUUACGCUGCGUCCUACACUGGCUUUGCUAAAUUGUACAGAUUAAUGUUUGUAGCAGAUCAUUGUCCAUCAUUGAGAUUAGAAGCUCUAAAAAUGGCUAUAUCCUAUGUCAUGACCACCUAUAAUGUAAGUCUUUAUCAAACACUUCACAAAAAGCUUGCUGAAGCUGUAGCAACUGUAGGUCUACCAGAUGUUGCAGUACAGAUGGGUUCACAGGAUAUUCCUGUGCUUGAUUCUAUGUGGGUAGAAUCUAAAACCAAAAAGGCUGCCAUCAAGUUGGAAAAAUUAGAUACUGACCUUAAAAAUUAUAAAACUAAUUCUAUUAAGGAGAGCAUAAGACGGGGCCAUGAUGACCUCGGUGAUCAUUACUUGGAUUGCGGAGAUCUCACUAGCGCUCUCAAAUGUUACUCUAGGGCUAGAGAUUAUUGCACAAGCGGCAAACAUAUAAUAAUGAUGUGCCUCAAUGUAGUUAAAGUUUCAGUGUAUUUGCAAAACUGGGCUCAUGUUUUGAAUUAUGUAUCAAAGGCUGAAGGGACUCCAGAUUUUAAUGAAGUUCCAGGAAAAGAUUCAAACCAAUCCAUAUUAACCCGUUUAAAAUGUGCCGCCGGGUUAGCAGAAUUGGCUACCAAAAAGUAUAAAUCGGCUGCAAAACAUUUCCUAGCAGCCAGCAUUGAUCAUUGCGACUAUCCAGAAUUGCUCAGCAGUAACAAUGUAGCAGUCUAUGGCGGGCUCUGUGCAUUAGCAACAUUUGAUCGCUCCGAACUUCAGAAACAAGUUAUAGUUAGCAGUUCUUUUAAAUUAUUCUUAGAACUAGAACCACAAUUACGAGACAUAAUUUUUAAAUUUUAUGAAUCAAAGUACGCUUCUUGCUUAAGGUUACUGGACGAAAUCCGAGACAAUCUUCUGCUUGAUAUGUAUUUGGCACCACAUUUAAAUUCUUUGUAUAUGCAAAUUCGUAACCGAGCCUUAAUUCAAUACUUCAGUCCAUAUCUUUCUGCCGAUAUGCAUCUUAUGGCAGCUGCGUUUAACCGUACAGUGAAUGCUCUAGAGGAUGAGCUUAUGCAACUAAUUCUUGAUGGACAAAUACAAGCACGUAUUGAUUCUCAUAAUAAAAUACUCUAUGCUAAGGAUGUUGAUCAAAGGAGCACUACUUUUGAGAGAAGUCUAGCAAUGGGGAAAGAAUACCAGAGAAGAACAUCUAUGUUAAUCCUCCGUGCUGCUUUGCUCAAAAAUCACAUUCAUGUUAAGAUUGUCGGCCGCGAGCCUGGUCCGCAGAGUGGCGAAGCGCCCGGCUCCAGCACCAGUCUAGCAAUCCGCAGUUACGAGACAGUGCCCUUGUGA